CUGCCUAAUGGACUCACCCUGGAAGUCCCCAUUACGAUUGACUCAGGGAGCAACGCAGACUUCGUGGGGGUGCAGUUCAUCAAGCAGCAUCGCAUAGCGCUACUACCAGCCACGCUGCCUCUGAAUGUGGUCACUGUAGAUGGCAGGAAGUUGCUGGGUGGGCAAGUGGUACAACAGACGCCACCCAUGCUGCUGAAAAUUGGGAAUCAUCGCGAGGUCAUCAGUUUCAAUGUCACCCAACUGUCAGACACGCCCAUAGUGUUAGGCAUGAGUUGGCUGGAUAGACACAGCCCAUCAUUGGCGUGGUACCAGCGGCAGCUCACCUUUGGCUCGUCCUACUGCGCACAACAUUGCAUCCAGAUCGGCCAGGAGGAGGAGGGCCAGGAGGAAGGGCAACAGCUGCAUCUAGGCAUG